AGCCGAAAAUCCUUCCUGGCCUAAUCUAUCGACUUCUUGAAAAUUGGAUCAAACUUGUAAAAAAUUUCUUUGGAACUCCAAAAAAAAGUUUUAAUAAAAAAUCAAUAGAGUCCUGGCGGGAAAGGGUAGAACUUGUUUCUAAAACCCUACUUGGCCACUACUCCUCCGUGCAGUGAGUGAUCUUCACUUCAGUUCCAGCAGAACAAUCGCCGGAAAACGCCCACGAUGCCGUCGUUUCCGCAACCAGGCACCGUUACCAUCUGUGAAAUCAACCGAGACCUCAUUACUGCUGAUACUUUAUCCGACGAUCGAGCUAAUGAAUGCUACGGAAAAGCUCUUGGUGUUGUAUUCAGUCCUGUGGAAUUUCAACCGGAAAGUCUAAUAUCGCCGACUCGCGAUAAUGCGGGUGGUCAACUAGGAGUCGUCCAGGAGAAGGGUUUAUCAGCUUUAAUUGGUGCUGUAAAACGGAUUUUUCACCCCAAUGAUAUGCAUUUGCUGCCUGAAGUGAAUUUACAAGGAGUAUCGUGGCACCAACACAAGCAUAUAUUGGCAUUUAUAUCCGGACCGAAUCAGGUCACAAUUCGUGAUUUUGAUGAUACUGAGGGAAAGGAUCCAAGCAUUUUGCAUGGCGAUUUUCAGAGAGAAGUCAAACUUGUUGAGUGGAGGCCAAACGGUGGGAGAACGCUUUCUGUAGCAUGCAAGGGUGGAAUUUGCAUAUGGGCUGCUUCAUAUCCUGGCAAUCCAGCAUCUGUAAGAUCUGGGGCUUCCCCUUUUGUGGGCUCCAUUUCGAAGGGCUCUGGCAUGAGAUGGACGUUGGUGGAUUUUCUCAAGAGUAACAGUGAUGAGCACAUAAGUGCACUGUCUUGGAGUCCUGAUGGAAGAUACUUAGCAACAGGAUCUUAUGAGAGCUCAGCCUUUACGAUUUGGGAUGUUUCUCAAGGUGAUGGGACUCCUAUUCGACGAGGAUUGGGAGGCAUAUCAGUCUUGAGAUGGUCGCCUACUGGAGAUUACUUUUUUGCAGCUAAGUUUGAUGGAACAUUUUAUUUGUGGGAGACUGGGACUUGGACAUCACAACCAUGGUCGUCAAGUAGUGGUUUUGUUACGGGGGCGACAUGGGAUCCUGAAGGGCGUAUGAUAUUGCUUGCCUUCUCAAAAUCUUCUACUUUGGGAUCCAUUCACUUUGCAUCAAAGCCUCCAUCUCUUGUUGCACACUUACUCCCUGUUGAUCUGCCAGAGAUAGCAACUCUAACGGGCAGUCAACAAAUUGAGAAAAUAGCUUGGGAUGCAUCAGGAGAACGCUUAGCCGUAUCUUUCAAAGAGGGAGAUGAAUCUUACCGUGGUCUUAUUGCCAUAUAUGACGUUAGGAGGACGCCUCUGAUUGCGGCAUCUCUAGUUGGAUUUAUCAGAGGGCCUGGGGACAAUCCAAAGCCAAUUGCAUUUUCUUUCCACGACAAGUUCAAACAGGGACCUUUGCUAUCUGUGUGUUGGAGUAGCGGUUUCUGCUGCACCUAUCCCCUUUUAUUCCGCUCUCAUAUUCUUCCUUAGUUGAAAGGUAUUGUCAAGGUGGAAUUUCAAAUUCCAUUGUUUACUCUUGAAAUCUUGUGCCCUGUUGCAGUCGUUGGUAUAUUAUGAAGUAAAUGUCACCUCUACUCUUUUGGCCAUGGGGGUUAUCGUACAAAGUCGUUGGUGUGAUUUAUGAUCCGUAACGGCACCUUCGAUGUUUCUCUGUUCUAAGACGAUGGUAGACACGUUUUGUAAAGACAAAAGAAGUCCGAUGCUUUUUUGAUAAUGAUUUAACUGUAUAUUUGAACUCUUGCACCUGCACAUUUGUUUGAUGUUUUAGUAAUUCUUGUAUUUCUGAUGUUUUGCACUUCAAAUGUUGCUUAAAAGUCACGGUUGAAUUGGAAUUUCAA